UCAGCAGCAGUUGUAGUAGUGGUAGCAAUUACUUAGCAAUAACACAACUGGUAGUAGUAGUAGUAGUAGCAGUAGUAGUAGCAGCAGUAGUAGUAGUAGUGGCAGUAAUAGUAGUAGUGAUAGUAGUAGUCGUAGUCGUAGUAGUAGGGGUAACAGUAGAAGAAAUUAGAAACAGCAGUAGUAGUAGUAGAAGCGAUAGCAGUAUCAGUCGGUGUAGUAGUAGUAGUAGUAGUAGUAGUUGCUGUUGUUGUUGUUGUUGUUGUUGUUGUUGUUAUAGUAUAGCAGAAGUGGUGGAGGUAGCGGUAGCAGCGGCGUCGGCGGCGGAGGUAGUGUUGUGAUGCUGUUAGCGGUACAUUGUUUUACAUACAUCACGAUAAUGACUCGGCGGCACUGGACAUGAGCAGCUAUUGGAAAUGUCGAAUGAGGAGCAGAAUCUACUUCCUCUUGAUAGUUAUGACAGCUAGUUUAACCAGCAUGGUGCUGUGUUCGCUCCUCUUCAACUGCUGCUGUACCACAGGUAAGCCUGUAACAAUGCGGACUGCUACUUUUCUCUAUGUACCUGUGAAAUAUCCUUCGUUUUCAUCUUCAUCAUCUUCGUCAUCAUCAUCUUCAUCAUCUUCGUCGUCAUCUUCAUCGUCAUCUUCAUCGUCGUCCGAUGGUCAUUUUAAUAGACUCAUAACGUCCAGUGAUCUGGCUAAAAUCCGGCCCGUCCCGGCGGUAGUGGCUUUACCAAUACCGGCUGACCGAAUGGAAAUCGCAUCGUCGGAUUUUUUCAUAUUCUCGGCCGAGCAUAUUCCGGCCGCCUCUGUCCCCAAAACCGAUUCUGUUGAAGAUUCGCCGAGCAAAAAAUCCCGUCAGAAAAACAAUACUUCAUCAUCAUCAUCAUCAUCAUCAUCGUCGUCCUCAUCAUCAUCAUCGUCAUCAUCAUCGUCAUCAUCAUCAUCAUUUACACCGUUCAAAAUCAAAACAGUCCGAAAGCAACAAGUUCGCUACAAAUUAAAAGAUGAAGAGGAAGAGGAAGAACACGAAGAAGAAUCUAAUCGGUUUUCUUCGACAAAUAAACAAUCAAUACCAAACAUUUUAACUGCACAACAAAAACACAAUCCGAAAUAUAAAGUUAGAAGUGUACAACAAAACCCUAAACUUUUCCAUUUUCGGCACCGAAAUAAUUUCAAAAGUGACGGCGCUAUUAGUAACACACUCGAUCUUCGUCAACUUCGACGAAGCAUUGAUUACAACAACAACAAUAACAAUAACAACAAUAAAAACUAUAACGAUGGUGCUACUGCUGGUGGUGAUGAUAAUGGUGAUGAGUUAAAGGAGAAUCGUAACGAACUUCGAUUAAUCGAUAAUGAUCGUUUUGGAAAUAUGUUCGAUACUGCGAAGUUAUCGGAUAAGAACGAUGUGUGGCGGUUGGACGGAGGGAAAAUCUCUGACCACAAAGGCCACCACAAUCACCACCCCGCUCAAGAACUCGGUGAAAGUAACGGAAACUUUGUCCGAAAUAUUAAAUCGCCCCGGGAAUUACCCACCAAUAAAGGUCCGAUUUUAACCGAAAUUAAUAGUGAUUAUGUUAAUCGUGAGAAUGAUAAUGAUGAUGGUAAUGAGGAUGAUUAUGAUGAUGAUGAUGAUGGGAAGAAUGGAGAUGGUGCUGUUAAAUAUAACGAUGAGGUUGGUGUUGUUAAUGUGAAAUACGCUUUAAAAGAUAACGAAAGGUAUUUCGAUGAUAAUGUUGGAAACAGCAUUAUCGAAGACGAAGAAGAAAAAGUUGACAAAACACAUUUUCAACAACAACGGGUGGAGGAUGUAUUUUAUUACGACUCAAAACCAUCUUCGAAAAUCGAACGGAUAAAUUUAAUAAAUUUAAAGAACUCGAAUAGGGAUUACCAUUCUGUGGAUUUGCCAAGUAUAUCGGAGAAGGAAGACGAAUAUAAGACAUUUACUAAGCCGAAUAUGAAAGCUACCCAAGGAAUAGAGGAAGAGAAAGAUGCCGAAGGACCAGUUCUAACACCAGACCACCAAACUCGAAGACGGACGUUAAACUUUGCAACUUCACGUCAAAGAGAAUCACCUGUCGCAGUAAAAUCGAAACACUCGUUGAUCGGACGGAUUAAGAUAAGAACGAGGACACCUAAAAUAGUUAAGGUGAAGAAUGUGGUGGCUGCCAGUUCUGGUAUUAAAAAUAAUAGCAGUUCUAAUCCAUCAAAGAACGUUGUAGCGGCUGUUGCUGCUACUGGGACGGCGUCUUCUGUAACGAGUAACAACAAAAGUAAAGUUGAAGCAAGUACAUUAACGAAUCUACAGAUUUUACAAAAUGUCAGCAAAAAAUUACCCCAGGCAAUUAUAAUAGGAGUUAAAAAGGGUGGAACGAGGGCAGUUUUGGAAUUUCUUCGUCUCCAUCCUAAUAUAAGAGCACCUGGACCGGAACCACAUUUCUUCGAUCGGAAUUACGAAAAGGGUAUUGAAUGGUACAGGAGUAUAAUGCCCGCAACCUUCGAUGGUCAGAUUACUAUUGAGAAGACACCCAGUUAUUUCGUGACAAAAGAAGUUCCGCGUCGAAUAUUUAAUAUGUCCAGGGAUAUCAAAUUAAUCGUUGUCAUUCGUGACCCCGUCACACGUGCGAUCUCGGACUAUACGCAGACAGUUAGCAAACGGUUGCAGACGAAAACAUUCGAACAGAUGGCAUUCAUGAAUAACACGCGUAUUGUCGACACGUCAUGGGGUGCUAUCAAGAUUGGUGUGUACGCAAAACACACCGCCCAGUGGUUACAAUAUUUCAAUUUAUCUCAGAUACAUUUCGUUCACGGUGAACGGCUCAUAUCAGAUCCUGCCGGAGAAAUGGCAAAGCUUCAAGACUUUCUGGGUCUUGAACGAAUUAUUAAUGAAAAACAUUUUUACUUUAAUGAAACCAAAGGAUUUCCUUGUCUCAAAAAACAUGGUGGAAGUGGUCACCCGCAUUGUUUGGGUAAGACAAAGGGAAGAACUCAUCCCAAUAUAUCAGAACAAGUUUUGCAACGAUUGCGAGAUUUCUAUAGACCGUUUAAUACGAAAUUCUUUCAACUAAUCCGUAAAGACUUUCAUUGGCCCUAACGUAUAACCAGCCGGAAAGGCAAAUAUAGACAAGGUUUAUUAUAUAUAUAAAUAGGCGACGAUUAUCUGCCAUUCAUAUGUCCAGUAUUCAGCUCCCUCUUUCAUUGCCCGUCUCUCUCUCUCCGCGCUCGCGCACGUACACACGAACGCAUAUACACACGCACACGCACACACAUCAACACAUACACCACAUCACACACGUACACAGGCAUAUAUAUGUGUAUAUGUGUCUGUCUAUCUAUAUGUAUGUGUAUGUUAUGAAUACAUAUA